AUGGGCGGAUUCUCCAGUGGAUUUUAUACAUCACUGCUCUCAUUGGCUCCUCGGUAUACAAGUACCUUGUCAGCAAUGUCGCUAUUUGUAGGAGUAGUUGCACGAUUGUCAACACCUCCACUGGUUGGAUUCAUCAUAAAAACGGGCACAAUGACGGAAUGGCAGAUUCUUUUUGCCAUUAUUGCAGUUGCUAACGUUUUCUCUGGAACGAUAUUCGCCAUAUUCGGCUCAGGAGAUGUCCAAGAUUGGGGUAAUGAUGAUCUACCAGAGAAAGAGAAGUCCAUGGAAAGAUUAGAUGAGAUCGUGCUCAUCGAAAGCAAAUUUAUGUGA